AUUUUCUUGAGCAACACUUGGAUUGUAUACUGGUUCAAUUGUUCGCUUUUUUGUCUACAGCUGCACUACUCUUCCUUGACUGCUUGAGGAGUAAAGACAAGAAGAAAGAUGGGAGAGAGGGCUCCAAGACCAAGACUACAAGAGGUCGUGAACACCAGUGUGGGAAGAAUAAGUCCCAUCAAAGAUUACAAUAGCUCUGGUCUGGCUGACUUUGUCAGCGCUCUUCCAAGUGUAGACGAUCUUCAAGCGAACACUGAUAAACUAUUCCAGAGUAUCAGGUCGGGAGAUCACGCUGUGGUGGAGAGGUUACUGGCGGACAUGGGGCACAAAGUGGACAUAGUACCCAAGAUAGGCUGUUCACCCCUACACCACUCCAAGUUUAACCUAGCUAACAGAGAGACGGAGACAGGAGACAAUCCUCUGAUAGUGGCUGCUAGAGUGGACAGUAGGAUGGUGGAAAUUGUCUUGAACUAUGGAGGAAACCCAAACCAUGCCAACAAUGAUAGAGAAACUCCGCUGAGUGUAGCUGCGUGUAGGCUUGACAAGGAAGCUAUUGAGACACUGUUGCUGGCGGGUGCUAACCUUAGGGCGGCCGUAGUAAAGUUAACAUCACUGUUGCGAUACAAAGCAGAAAAGAACCCAGGAUGGUUACAAUGAUCUAUCGCACAAUGUUAAACAUCUGACAGUUCUCUUGUCUGAUGAUGUGUAUUUGAAGUGCAGGUGCCCCAUAAAGGCUGCUUUUGAUGUUGGCAGAGACAUUGCAAACAUUAAAAACGUAAGAGAUGAAUUCAAGAUUGAGUUUGAGCUACUCAUAGACGACGCUAAUCUUUUUGCAUGUAGAUUUAUGAACAAUAUUGAUAGAAUGUGGGAAGCUAGGGAAAUCCUUUCAUUCCCAGUAGAUUUGAUGAGAAUGGCAAUAGAUCAGAGGAAGAAGAAGUUUGUGUCUCAUCCUUUCUGCCAGCAAAUCAUAUUUGAUCGCUGGUACGGAGAUCUGGCCAAUAAAAUGUUUUACGGCAAAACUGCGGUAGCGAUCAAAUACAUUUUCAGCCCCCUUUUUGUAUUACCGUUGCUUCUGAAGUUCUUCUUUAUCGAUACCUGUAGAGGAAUCCCAGUUAUGGAGUCCAAUCUUGCAUCUCUCCUUCGAAUGAAAUUCACCCCCUUUCUCUGUUUCAUCACAGAUGCUCUUAAUUAUGUUAUAUUCCUCUCGAUAUUAGUCGGCGUGUGUCUGACAGAACAAGAAACCGAUGCAAUCACCCUGUGGGAAUACGCACUAUAUGUCUGUGUUAUAUCUCGCAUCUUUAUUGAGCUUGAUCUGAUGAUCCAACAAGGCUGGAAGAGGUAUUUUCUGAACGUGUGGAACUAUGUUGACAUCUUGAUAUUGGGUCUGUUGUGUGUGGCAGCUCUAUACAAGGGUUGCGUUAUCGCUGGAGUGACCCUUACCUCCGAAAUCCAUGAAGAUACUAUAGAAUCUAUGAUUAAGAUACUUGAUGAAGGACUGGAAGAUAAUACUACAAGUAAAUACUACCGAGACAACAUUAACAGUUGGUCAAAACUAAUCCUGAAUUACCGACACUUCCUUAACAUAAGUUAUGUUUAUGCUGUGACAGAGUUUGUUCUGUUCUUGAGAUUACUGACUCUUCUCGAGGUAACAAGGUCAAUGGGCCCGAUGAUGAUUGCUCUAAAAUACCUGCUGCUAGAUGUCCUGAAGUUCUCUGUGCUGCUUGGGAGUACUAUCGUAGGCACUUCUAUAACCAUUUACUCGAUGUCAGUAAGGUUAGAAAAAUGGAGCCUGGACGUUAACGAUUUGUGUGACGACACCAUAAGUGACUCUAAUAAAGGCGGAUGGCAAAAGGAUAAAGUUUUAGAGCUUGUAAAAAACCUGACUGACAUCGAGAAUAUCAAUGAUAUUAAUAUUACAUUGUCGCUUUGCACUGAAGAUAUUAAGAUUGUACCUCCGAAAUCAUUCGGGAACUUUCUUGCCACUAUAAGGAGCAUCAUGUGGUCAACAUUUGGUCUCUUUGAUGUUGAGAACGUAGAAGAGCCAUUUGAAGCGUCAACAAUGAGUUUUAUAAACAUAAUGUUGGUGCUCUACAUCUUACUAUCAUGUGUGCUCCUCCUGAACAUGCUUAUCGGUAUACUCAGCAGCACUUUUGAUAGGAUCCAAGAAAACUGUGAUAUAGAGUGGAAGUAUGCAAGAAGCGAACUACUGAAGGAGUAUAGUAGAGGCCAGCCUUUCCUUAUUCCAUUCUCAACAUUCCUUUUCCCAAUUGUCUACUGGUUCCGAAGGAAGCUGAGAAAAGAGCAAAAAAUGGAAUCAAAGAAAUCAAAUAAAUUUCUAAGUCCAGCGGCAGAGCAAGUAAAACGUGACAAAAUAAUCAGUGAUGUGUGUGAGAGAUUCAAGUCCGAUUAUACAGAAGAUUCGGAUGAUGAAUGUGCUUUUAGACCGAGAACUAGCAGACCUGGGACAAGACAGAGAUCAAGACCUGGGACAAGACAAGAUGACUUUGAUGUUAGGGUAAGGCAACUGAGAAGACAGAAAUCUGAGCUGAUACAGUUUAAACGAAGAGACUAAAAAGCAUGUUGAGGCGACCCUAACCCUAGCGACUCAAAUUGAGCCAGUGUUCUUCAAUCAUUUUAGGUCGAUUGAUCUAGACAAUUAAAUUCGGCUCUUAAAGUUUGAUGCGUCUUUCUUUAAUAACGCUCUUUUUUUUAGGAAUUUUAUAAGGACGUUUGAUGAGUCAAACUGUUGGUAAAUUAAAUCCGAGAAUUUUAACAUUGAUUAAUAAUAAUUGUAAAUAGGGAAUCUUUUUGUUUUACAUUAUAACAGUAUAAAAUAUAGUUAGAUUAUUUCUUAACUGAAACAUAAAUGUGAUGUGAGUUUUCAUACUCAUUUGUAUUUGGGAUUCUUUACAAUUUUCAGAUGCUGAUUUAUCAAAACUUUGUACUUGCGCCACACAUUUCCGUCACGCCGGUUUGUAGUCGGUUUCAAGGAGUUUUAUUUACCCUGUACCAACAAGAACAACUUCCACUUGUCAACAAUUAUCAUAAGUAGAUAUUGUGGUCUUUCAUAAUUAUGUAACUGUAAUACAUUGAUGUAAAGUUUAUUUGAAUUUUGAAAUAAAAAAAGUCGAUUAACUGUAAUAUGGUUCAGUAAUUUGUGUCUAGGAAUACGAGUUUCUAGGACGGAAAUUGUAGUGGAUGGAUUGGAAGUGAACUUAUUGUAUUCGGGAGAAUAAAGAGCGUACAAAUUGUUAUUUACAAUAAUUAUUAUUUGUAAUAAUAAUUAUUAUUUGUAAUUUAAACAUCAUAAUAGUAUGCU